GAAAAAACUCUGUAUUUUUCCAUCUUUCUUCUUUUUUUUUUUUCCUAAUAUUUCCGCAAGAAACUCGCACUCUGUUUCUCCCCGGUGUCUCUUCUAGUUCUAGGUUUUGCUUCGUCUUCCUCCUCCCAAUCUGCUUUCAUGUGAAAACCCGGAGUCUCCGGCUAACGAGCUUCGGCCACAUUCUGCAAUGGCUGAGGAGGUUGUCAAGAAAAAAGUGGAGCAGUUGCCCUGUCACACCCUCAAAUCUCCGGAAGACCAUUUGACACUAACCCAGUUGUCUUUCUCUUCGCGACGAGAACGAGUUUUCUCCUCCUCCUCUCCCAAGCUUUCUUUAACGGGUAAACGAAAAAGGCCGAAGCUGGAUGGUGAAAAGCUUACUCGGAUCAAGAAAAGGCAUUCUUAUUGCAAAUUUAAGCGUGUGGUGCCUGGUACUGCGGGUGACUCUGUAAGCCGUAGGCGAAACAAGAGUGGGUUUGAUGGGUCUCAAAGCCUUGAUAAAGCCAAGUCAUCUACCAUGAUUCGAGCCAAGGAGGUUCAAUUGAAUCUAGGAACCAAAUUUCCUAGUUUCGUUAAAGCAAUGGUUCGCUCACAUGUCAGUAGUUGUUUUUGGAUGGGGCUUCCUGUGUCAUUUUGUGUCUCAUAUUUGCCUAAAACAGAUACUGCCAUUACUUUGGAAGAUGAUUGCGGCACACAGUUUGAAACUAAAUUUAUAGCUGAAAAGACAGGACUAAGUGGUGGAUGGAAGCGGUUCUCUGUGGAGCAGAAAUUGCUUGAGGGAGAUGUUUUGGUCUUCCAUUUAGUUGAGCCUUCCAAAUUCAAGGUGUACAUAAUAAGGACAAAUGACUUGAAAGAAGUGGAUGGGGCUCUUGGCCUUCUAAAUUUGGAUGCUCAUUCUAACCAGCAAAAUGCAGAUGUUGCAGAAGUUAGAACAACAGCUUGUAAAAGUAAAAAGAGGAAGUAUCCCAAAUCUCUUCCAUUAGCCUUUGUACAAAAGAAGAAUAGAAGGAUGAGCCAGCUACCACCAAGUCCUAGUCUUCAGCAACUGGAAGAAAGCUUUAAAAAUGACAGUGAAGAGGUUGAUUCAGAAGUCAUGGAGGGUUCAAAUUUUGGGAUGCCUGCAAUUCAGUUUAAAGACGUGAACCGUGUUGAGGAUUUCAACAUUCUUAUACAUGGAACACUAAUAGAUUCUGAACUGUCUGAACAAACUCGAACCAAGUACUAUGAGCUCUGCUGCAGCCAGAAUGCAUUCCUUCAUGAGCAUCUUCUCAAGGGCAUAAAAAAUAUUGAUUUGAUUGCUGGAAUUAUUUCUGAAACUGUGAACAUCGCUGAUGCCAUAAGAGCUUGCAAUCUCAGCACCUCCAGGGAUGAAUUUUCAAUCUGGCACAGGACUCUGAAAGCCUUUGAGCUUUUGGGCAUGAAUGUUGGAUUUUUAUAUGCUCGGCUAGAGCAACUUGUGACCCUUGCCUUUGAAUCAGAAGGUGCCAUGGACAGAAAGAGGUACAUGGAUGCUAGAAAUGAACGGGAUCGCACGGAAUAUUGGAUAAGGAAUUUAGAAACAAAGCUUGUGAAACUAAAACAAGCCUCCAAAAAGUUCAAUGCUGAUGUAGAGAGUCUAGAGCCAAGAGCAGAGAGCCAUGAGCUGAGGUUUGGGGGAGAGGCUACUGCUCCAUGGUGAUGUUAGAGGAUAAGCAGCUCUUUCUCUGUAGGGGAGGUGUAUAUUUUACUUGUCCCUAUGUUAUGUUUUUUGUUUUUUGUAAUAACCCUGUUAAGUCUGUAAGAUCUUUAUUUUUUUAAUUUUUAAUUUUAUUUUUUGUAAAUGUGGUAUCAUCCGCGAUGUAACUGUUAACUUUCAGACUUAUUUUACUUACUGUAGAUAGAAAGUUCAGUGAGAAUGUUGGCAAGUUAAAGCCUGGCUUGGAAUGGCAAGGAAAAGGUAAAGAGAAGUAAGAGAUAAAAUUGCUCAA